AUGACAUUAGAUAAAGAUCUGCUGCGUGAGAAAGCUUCAUCUAUUUGCGUUAAAUACAGCAUUGAUGUUUCUCUCGAUUUAAUAGACGAGUUAGAACAUUUAAAGGUAAUUCACGCAUCAAAUCUUGGCAUAAUACAAUUAUCGCCGUUUCAAUUAUUAAACAAACUCCAUGAGUUGAAGCUUGAUUCUCUUUUUCCAAACAUUUUAGUUGUUCUUAGAAUUUUUUGUACACUUCCAGUUACCGUUGCACAAGCAGAACGCUCUUUCAGCACGCUUGCAAGAGUUAAAAAUGUUUUACGUUCUACGAUGUGUCAAGAUCGACUUUCUAAUUUGGGAAGACUAGCGAUUGAGGCGCCACUUGCAAGGAGACUAGACUUUGAUGCAGUUAUCGAACUUUUUGCAAGCAAAAAAUCUUGCAAAGCUUAUUUUGGUUAA